AUGAUAACGUAUGUUGUAUUUAUUUUGAGUAUUGUUUUUGUGAUUGGUUUAAUUGGUUCUCCUUCAAAGCCUUCGCCGAUUUAUGGUGGGCUGGGUUUGAUUGUUAGUGGUGGGGCUGGUUGUGGUAUGGUGUUGAAUUUUGGCGGGUCUUUUUUGGGUUUAAUGGUGUUUUUGGUUUAUUUGGGUGGGAUGUUGGUGGUAUUUGGUUAUACGACUGCAAUGGCUACUGAGCAGUAUCCCGAGGUUUGAGUCUCUAAUAAGGUUGUGUUGGGGGCGUUUCUUUUAGGGUUGAUGAUAGAGUUUUUAGCGGUUUUAUAUGUCUUGAAGGAAGGAGAGGUGGAGCUUGUGUUCAAGUUUAGUGGUCUGGGUGAUUGGGUUGUUUAUGGUAUGAGUGAUUUUGGGGUUUUUAGUGGGGAGGCUAUGGGUGUUGCAGCUUUAUAUAGCUAUGGUGUUUGAUUGGUUGUUGUAACGGGUUGGUCCUUGUUUGUUGGUGUUGUGGUGAUUAUGGAAGUUACGCGUGGGGGUUAA